AUGAACGUACCGUCUGAGGAGCAUUCCCGGAAUUCGGCUCUUUCGGCCACUUCCUCUCGAGGUGGGGAGAACAACGCGUUUGACUCCAACGAGCAAACAAGCGUGGACGAUAUGAUUGGGGUGGUGGAACCGCUGACACACGCGCCUAAGCCCUUGUCGCUCAUCAAUAAGAAAGUUUCAAUGCUUCAGGAAGGCAGUAUUCCCUCGAUGCACUCUCUCCUCUACACCGUGCCGCACCUGUACACGCUAAACGAAAAUCAUAUUAUGGGCUUAAACCUGAUGUUGCGUGAGUACAGUGCCAUGGACACUAUCAUUGAUGAAGGGAGUCUGCUAACACACGUCUUUGUGCUGGUCUCCGGCACAGUUGAGGUAAUCAACACAAGGGUUGGUCGCACAUCCAUCGUCGGCCACCGCCGCAUUGGGAGCAUUAGCGCACCAAACAUUUUUGGCAUUGAUAGCGUCAUAUUGGAAAAACCAUUGGAGUUCUCGUAUCACGCAAGUUCCCUGACAUCAUUACUCCUUAUCCCAAAGCGGCAGUUCUGUGAACUGUUUGCGCUUUCUUCGAUGUUUGCCAGCAGCGUUUCGAUCCAGAUUGUACAAACACUUUCCACAUUUGCGGUAUUUGAGGAUUUUUGCCGUGUACUCUUUGGGUUAUCGUCAACAUCGGUGCCUGGAACGCGCAGCUUUGGCGAGGGCGGAUACAAGUUAUCUAUGCCCACAUCUGUGAGUAUUUACGAGUCCAGUGAGACGGUCCUGCAUAGUUUCAUGCAUUCCACGGUAAUUGAUAUAGACGCGCUACACUACUGCGUUAAACGUCUACCGGAGAACAUCACGGAAACCUUUGUGAUUACCCUGUCGCGCAGCGUACCGACUCACCUCUCCGAUGGAUUGGGCUUCUCAACCACAAUGUCCCUUGAGGCCACAAGACGACGGAGAGGCGCGUGGAAGAUCGGUGAAAACGGACAAGUUCUUGUCAUGGCGCGGGAUGGGUUUACAGACAUUAUAGAGUUUGUCACCGACUUGUGUAUGCUGAUUGUAGAAUCGAAAAAAAUACGGCUGCGUUUGCAGCGACUUGCCUGCCCACUUGCCACUGACUUUCUGCGUGAUUUACUCGCCGUCGCUGACACGGCAUCGGAUGCUACGGUUAAGGCGGUUCUCAGCCAAUUGCCCUUUUCCGAGGCGGAAAUUGAUGGAUUGAUGCAAAUCUGGGAAGGGCCCGAGGUGAUCAAGGUGUUGUACAACAUUUUGCUGCGCCGUGGAGAAUUUGUUGUGUACGUGGAUGUGAACUUGGCGAAGAAAUUCUCACAGGAUCCGUAUCAACGAUGGAGUCUCUGCAUCAAUCGACACAUCCGGGAGGAGCUUGGUAUCGGUGGCGAGGACGUCUUACCGUCGGAUUUGACGAUUGAUGUCAUGUUUUCUUCUAACAUCACCAUUAAGAGCCUUUUGUGCUCCCCCACAGAGGAGUUUAGGCUGUUGCUAGAAAAGUAUCUGGCGCUUCCGGCGGAGGUCACCGCGCUGAAAAAUGUGGAUGAUCGUUACCUCUACGCACUGGCACAAGUUUUGGGGGAGGAUACCUCCGUGCGGGAGAAGUAUCGUCAAGUUUUGGAGGGCUCAGGCUUCACCAUGAUGGAGGAUUCGUACAUUUCAGGGCUUGUUGUUGACCUCAUCAAUAUCAGUAAAUUGCAAGCCUCGGGCAUAGAUGCCACUUUGCGUCACGCCGCAUUGAAUCAGCAGAGCAUGAAAGGAAAUGGUUUUAUUAUUAACAUCGAUCGAACGUUUGCUGCGCAGGUUGAGAUUAUUUUGCGAAGUCUCGUGCUUGUUUUUAGCGACCACAUCCGCAGCGUGAACCUUACCGGCAGUGUGUCUGGCCUGGUGGGUAAGCGUGGGGAUGUUGUCCUUCCCACUAAGCUGAUCUUUUCAAAACAGUCCUUCGGCGAGGACUCUACCGACGAGACACGUGUGUGCAACACAGACGACAUACAGGAAGAAGAUGUAAUUCCAUUUUUGGACCUAGGCAGUUCAGCGCUUCACCGGGGUGGGUGCGUCACGCUUCCUGGUGUUUUUCUGUACAGUGACUCCGUCUUGCGCUUCUACAAGGUGGUUCAUGGUUGCACGUCCGUGGACAUGAGGAGCAGUUAUGUGGCGCGGCAGCUUGAGGAGAGUCGCCGCACAGGGAUGCUAAAGCGAGGUGUGAAGAGACGCUUUUUAUUUCACAUAGACGCAGUGCCUCUUAACGGUGACGGGGAAUCUGAGCCAAAGUCGAAAAAGUGUGAAGUAUUGUUUUCUAUUUAUGCAACCACCCGUUCUCUCCUACGUUUAAUUCUUUUUUUCUGA